GCUGGGGUGGAGGAAUAGAAUAUCAGCUCAGCUGGUUUAUUUCAUAUACACAUACACACAUGAAGACAAGGCAUAUAGUAAUAUGUGAGAACUUAAGUGCUGAAUCUAUUAGGGCCAUAGUAGGGCUGCUGUUUUUCCCUCAAGCUGCAGUAAAGAAGGACACAAUUAAAUUUCAGGGCACUCUCUAUACCGAGUCCUUCUUGGGCACUGUUGGAUCCGAUCAGCUUGUUGCAGGUUGACAGCAGCAUAAAUCAGAAGUAGCUGCUGGAUUUGGCUUUAACACUGACUUACAGAAAGAGCUGCUGUAACUUCAGGUUCUUAGAAAAAAAACAUAAAAUAACAUUUUUAGUGGGUUAUUGUGAUCUAAGAUCUAAUCUUUGAAACAGUGAGCGUCGAGCUUUCGCUCUUUUCAGUCCAAGCUGGAAUGUGGUGUUGUUGAAGGAGCCGUCUGGCCAUGGGUCUGUCUGUGGGUCAACUUCUCCCAUCCCCGUUGGCCUCGGUUGGGCGGCAAUGAACAAGGGCGUGCGGCUCGAGGCGAGCAGGACCGGUGUGUUCCCCCACGGGCUACAAGAAGGCGGAUGAUGAGAUGUCCGGAGCCACGUCCACGGCGGAUCUGGACGAGGCGCCAGCACGUACCAUUUACGUGAACCAGCCCCAGCAGUGCAAGUUCCGCGACAACUGGGUCAGCACAGCCAAGUACAGCGUGGUGACUUUUCUACCUCGAUUCCUGUAUGAGCAGAUAAGAAAAGCUGCAAAUGCAUUCUUCCUCUUCAUUGCCUUACUGCAGCAAAUUCCAGAUGUCUCUCCAACAGGAAGAUAUACCACCUUGGUGCCAUUGCUGUUUAUUUUGACAGUUGCUGGCAUCAAAGAAAUUAUAGAAGACUAUAAAAGACAUAAGGCAGACAGUGCAGUGAACAAAAAGAAAACAAUAGUUCUAAGAAAUGGGACGUGGCAGGACAUCGUGUGGAAAGAGGUAGCAGUAGGCGAUAUUGUGAAGGUCACCAAUGGGCAGCAUCUUCCAGCAGACAUGAUCAUUGUAUCUUCCAGCGAACCUCAAGCCAUGUGCUAUAUUGAAACAGCUAAUCUUGAUGGGGAGACAAAUCUUAAAAUACGACAGGGAUUGUCUCAAACUGCUAAUCUCCAGUCAAAAGAGGAAUUGAUGAAAGUGUCUGGAAGGAUAGAAUGUGAAGGACCAAACCGUCAUCUGUAUGACUUCACUGGAACCUUACGCUUAGAUGGUCAAAGCCCAGUUCCAGUUGGUCCAGACCAGAUCUUGCUAAGAGGCGCACAACUGAGAAACACUCAGUGGGUCUUGGGUAUUGUUGUGUAUACAGGAUUUGAUACAAAACUCAUGCAGAAUUCAACCAAAGCACCUCUGAAGAGAUCAAAUGUGGAGAAAGUAACCAACAUGCAGAUCCUGGUUUUGUUCUGUAUUCUCCUGGUGAUGGCCCUUGUGAGUUCUGUAGGUGCCUUAUUGUGGAACAGAACACACGGUGAAGUCGUGUGGUACCUUGGCUCUAACAAAAUGCUGUCUGUCAACUUUGGGUACAAUCUGCUGACAUUUAUUAUCUUGUACAACAACCUUAUUCCAAUCAGUCUUUUGGUGACGUUAGAAGUUGUCAAAUUCACUCAAGCUCUUUUUAUAAAUUGGGACAUGGACAUGUAUUAUCCUGAAAAAGACACACCUGCAAUGGCCAGAACCUCAAAUCUUAAUGAGGAGCUUGGGCAGGUAAAAUACCUGUUUUCAGAUAAAACUGGUACUUUAACUUGUAACAUCAUGAACUUCAAGAAAUGUAGUAUUGCUGGAGUGACAUAUGGUCAUUUUCCGGAGUUGGAAAGAGAACGUUCAUCAGAAGAUUUCAGCCAGCUGCCUCCUCCUACCAGUGAAUCGUGUGAGUUUGAUGACCCAAGACUCCUGCAAAACAUUGAAAAUGACCAUCCCACAGCUGAACACAUACAUGAGUUCCUCACUCUGCUGGCUGUAUGUCACACUGUAGUUCCUGAAAGACAAGGAAAUAAAAUAAUCUACCAGGCCUCCUCUCCAGAUGAAGGGGCUUUAGUGAAAGGAGCAAAAAAGCUUGGUUAUGUCUUCACAGCAAGGACUCCACAUUCAGUUAUCAUUGAUGCGCUGGGAAAGGAAAAAACCUUUGAAAUUCUUAAUGUUCUGGAAUUUUCCAGUAGCAGGAAGAGAAUGUCUGUGAUUGUUCGAACGCCAGCAGGAAAACUACGUCUCUACUGCAAAGGAGCUGAUAAUGUAAUUUUUGAGAGGCUUUCGAAAGAUUCCCAGUAUAUGGAGCAGACACUGUGCCAUCUUGAGUACUUUGCCACAGAAGGUCUGAGGACUUUGUGCAUUGCUUAUGCUGAUCUGUCAGAAAACUCUUACAGAGAGUGGCUGAAUGUCUAUAAUGAAGCCAGUGUAGUUUUGAAAGACAGAGCUCAGAAGUUGGAAGAAUGCUAUGAGAUCAUUGAGAAGGACUUACUGCUUCUUGGAGCUACAGCCAUUGAAGACCGUCUGCAAGCAGGUGUUCCUGAAACAAUAGCCACACUAAUGAAGGCAGAAAUUAAGAUAUGGAUUCUGACAGGGGACAAACAGGAAACAGCUCUCAACAUAGGGUACUCUUGCAGACUCAUUUCACAGAGCAUGUCUCUCAUCCUGGUCAAUGAAGAUUCCCUAGAUGCAACAAGAGCUUCUUUGACUCAACAUUGUAACAGUCUGGGGGACUCCUUGGGCAAGGAAAAUGAUAUUGCUCUGAUUAUUGAUGGCCAUACACUGAAGUACGCCCUUUCAUUUGAAGUCAGACAGAGCUUUCUGGACUUGGCACUCUCCUGUAAAGCCGUCAUUUGUUGCAGAGUAUCUCCUCUUCAGAAGUCUGAAAUAGUAGACAUGGUCAAGAAACACGUGAAUGCCAUAACACUUGCCAUUGGGGAUGGUGCCAACGACGUGGGAAUGAUCCAGACUGCUCAUGUUGGAGUAGGGAUCAGUGGCAAUGAGGGCAUGCAGGCAACCAAUUCCUCGGAUUAUGCCAUUGCACAGUUUUCCUACUUGGAGAAGCUGUUGUUGGUCCAUGGAGCUUGGAGUUACAAUCGAGUUACCAAGUGCAUACUCUACAGCUUCUACAAGAAUGUGGUUCUGUAUAUUAUUGAGCUUUGGUUUGCUUUCGUUAAUGGAUUCUCUGGGCAGAUCUUAUUUGAGCGAUGGUGCAUUGGUCUGUAUAACGUGAUUUUCACAGCGUUGCCACCCUUCACUCUGGGAAUUUUUGAGCGAUCGUGCACUCAAGAUAGCAUGCUUAGAUUUCCACAGCUAUACAAAAUCACUCAGAAUGCAGAUGGUUUCAACACAAGGGUUUUCUGGGGUCACUGCAUCAAUGCCCUGAUCCAUUCCGUCAUUCUCUUCUGGUUUCCACUGAAAGUACUGGAGCAUGAUGCCGUAUUCACAAACGGGCAGGGAAUCGACUAUUUAUUUGUUGGGAACAUAGUUUACACUUACGUUGUAGUCACUGUUUGCCUAAAAGCUGGAUUGGAAACAACUGCAUGGACUAGAUUCAGUCAUCUGGCCGUCUGGGGAAGCAUGCUGCUCUGGCUCGUCUUCUUCGGUGUCUACUCGGCCAUCUGGCCCACAUUCCCCAUUGCACCCGACAUGCUGGGGCAGGCUGGAAUGGUGCUAAGAUGUGGCCACUUCUGGUUUGGGUUAUUCCUCGUGCCCACCGUGUGCCUUGUUAAAGAUGUGGCGUGGACAGCGGCCAAGCAUACCUACCAUAAGUCUUUGCUGGAACAAGUUCAAGAGUUGGAGAUGAAGACAAGAGAGCUGGGAAAAGCCAUGCUUCGUGACAGUAAUGGAAAGAGCGUGAACGAACGUGAUCAUUUGUUAAAAAGGCUCGGCAGGAAAACUCCUCCGAGCCUUUUCCGUGCUCAUUCUGUCCAGCAAAGUGUAUCACAUGGAUAUGCAUUUUCUCAAGAAGAACAUGGUGUUGUCUCCCAGUCACAAGUUGUUCGAUCCUACGACACAACCAAAAGGAGAAGAGAAAUAGAAUAAAUGGUUCUUUGCUUGAUGGGUGGUGGGAAUAAUGUGAUUUGGAUCAGUGCGUCCACUCUUAACACAUUCUUGACUAGGGUUGGCAGCAGCAGCCAAAACACCAGAGAACUCAUUUCUGUGGCCUUAGCCAACACGUUUCUGUAUUCUCCCUGCAAACCUUGAGUAGUACAUAUUGUGGGGGGAAAUCAUUGUUUGACUUCAGUUGCAAAGCUCUGCCUAAAGUUUUGUUUAUGUUGUUAUGAAGCAGUUGACUGUGCUAUGUGAGGUGUGAAAUUAAAAACAAUGUUUUACCACUGUUUAAAGCAUCAGCAUAAGGUUGUUCUGGGAGAAAAGCUGAAAAUUUAUGUUCCAUGAGAAAUCAGCCUUUGCUUAAUUGGAACAGGGUGCUGAGAUUUCCUGUUCUGUUACAUACAGACCAGGAGCACACGGCUGCAUGCAGACCUUAUUCCCUCCAGCAUUCACUGAUCACUAGAUUUAACUGAAAUAUUUAACAGACAAUUUGGCAUAAAAAUUUUGAUUGCAGUGGAAACGCAAUCCGUAGCUAAAAAUGCUUAUUUGCCUUCUUAUGACAGAAUAACACAAUAGCAAUGAGUUAUAUAGAAUACUUCUUGCCCACUUACGGGAUUUAUUAGGGCUCUAUCUUAGCUUUCUGAAAUCAGAUUAAUAGCUUACUCACACAGCCGGGCUGUGGGAGUUGGAGAGCUUGCCAGGUGGCUGUGUGGGGCACGUGGCAUUCUCACACAAAGGAACUCACAUAGAUAACUCUGCAGGUUGUAUUUCGAUGUGCGCUUCAGAUUUAGCCUGGGAUUUUCCUCCAUUACCCCAUUCCCAUUUUAACAAUAGAAGGAACCGGUCGGGGCAGAGAGGUAGAAGUUGUUCACAUCUGUAGACAGAAGAGCGUGUGCAGGCGCACGGGAGCCUUGUGCCGUGAUCCUAUGGCGGUGUUCCUCCGGCCAGGUGGGAUGGACGGGCUGGGGAAAGUUAAGAAAGGUUAACACGGCUGUGUGUGCACGUGCACACAGAGCUGCUCAUUGUGGGGACAAGGCCUGCUGUUUGUUUGUGCGGCCCUUCUCUAGAGCAGAUCCGUCCGCGGGCUGCCUGCCCUCUGCGUGGCGAGCCCUGGGAAGAAUGCUGCCUUCACUGACUCGCUCUGUGAGUGGGGCAAGCGUGCUGCUGCAUACAUUGGCACUAUGGAAAAAGAAGGAAAACUGGGGCAUAAUUUAAAGCUGAAAGAGCUCUUAGAAAGCUUAUGCUGUCCUCCAGACAAGUUCUAUUAAUUUUAGUCGCCAAGCCACGUUUCUGAAUAGCAUAAAGUAAAUACUGCUGUGUUCUAGCCGGGUUUUGUGGUUAAUGUAUAUACUACAUCUGUGCGUUUAAGAAGUUGGCGCUGUUUCUUGCCCUAUUGACCGUCAUCCAGAAACUUUUGUUGAUUUGAAUAUAUCCGAAAGCAAUUUGAAGAUGAAUAUUUAUGCUUAGCAAAGAGAAAAAAAAAGCUGGCCUGGCCCACUGGCUUCACCUCGCUGAUGGGCUGUGAGCGGAUGCCGGUGCUCCAGCAGAGCAGGCCAGUUCCCAAUGCCACCUCAGGGGCCUGAGUCUCCUCCCAGGUUAAGAAGAAGGUUUGGCUCCUGCGGCACCAGGCGGGAUCGCUCCUGGAUUAGGUCGAUGGCUCAGAGGGAAAAGUCAUCACCUUCUUUCUGCAGUGCUAAUGAGACAAUUAUGCAAUAGGGGGAAAUUGCAAAUAAUUUUGCCAUAGGCGUGAACAUCGAGGGGCCAAGUGUGUGCGUGUGUGUGUUUUUCUGGGAGAUUACUUUUGUUCAAAGGCAGGGAUUCUGGGGGAGAGAAUAAAUAAGGGGAGGCUAAACCUGAUCCCGGGAGCUUGCAGAUCUUAAUCCCGAUCUAACCUGUUAAACAGUUUAUUUCAUUUAGAAGCAAAAUCUUUUUAGGAAAUGAGUGGUGUCUUCGAAUCUGCAAACUGCUCCUUCCUGCUGUAGCACCACAAGGAAAAUUAACUUCUCACUGAGACAACGUGAGAUCAGCUCACUCUUUGUAUUCUGAGCCACACAUAAACAUCGGUAUGUAAACAGUUUGGAGGUUUUUCUUGAGGAUGCUGAAAAAAAAAAACGUUUGAAAACCUCUGAAUAAAGGAGAAGGGCAAAUAAAUGUGUUGAGCAGAGAACAGAAGGGAUCCCAGAGUCUUUUCUGUUCUUAACGCGGUCCAACAAACGUUUUACAGAGCCAAUGAGGGGUGCCGGGGAGGAGCAGCUGCCAUCCGAUGUGAUUUAUUUUAUUGGCGCAGGCCGUGGGCUGCAUCGCUCUGACCUCUCUGUAAAUUGAGGUCAGAGGGGGGGCAUGAAGACAAACCCUCCCUCGAGCGAGUGGGGGCUUGGAUCGAGGUACGUGUGUUGGAUGUCAGCUCAAUGGGAAUUACACAUGGGGUUUGUCACACAGCUAUACAGUAUGUGACACCGGGGCUGGAGGGUCAGGCUUUAUCAUCACUGUAAGGCCUUAAUCUCUAUCUGAGUUAAUCCUGCGGAGCCCACCCAGGUCAAGGCCUGGCAUUUUUCUUGUUCUUUGGAGUCGUUACAGGAAUUAAUCUGUUGUAAUACACUGUAGGCUGGAUGUUGGAGUUGCUUGCUGUUGUGAACAAUGAUUAGGCGUAUUCCAGUGUCACAUUAACAACAGGAGAAGGGCAGCUGUUCUGUAUCAGCAGGAUUCCCCGUUCAUUAACACAAAUGCACGUAGCAAUAACAGCAACCUUUGAAAGCACUCUGUGGAGAUGGCAUCAUGUAGACAGGGUAGCGGAGCAGAGGGAAUGGGAGGUUUCUGCUUGACUGUCCAGAUUUAACUACCUGGGGUUGAGUGGAGAAGGGUUUCUUCAGCAGCUCUCUGCACUGGCCACAGUGGUGGGGCUUGGUUCGGUUCGGGUCUUCUUCAGUAUUCAGGAAGAAGUCACGAUUUUCCUGAGUUAAAUCUGGAUCUGGUUGCUCCUUUUGCUUACACCGCAGUUGUCAUUUGCACACAAGGUGCCCUUCCUUUGGCAGCCACAUCGUAACAACUGAGCAGAGCUGAGACAUUUCCUCUUCCCCGCCAGGGCUGCAGGCCUUGCUGUGUGGGGCUGGCUGGGAAGUCAGGAAUUACUUGUCAAGCAGAAAUGGCAAAUAACCAAUACAAGUAUCCGAGUCAAACUAAGCUGCUAAUGUAUCUGAAUUGUGUCUGGAGUUAGCACAAACUAACAUUGCAGGGAUGUAAAUUAAGAUAGCAGUCAAGCCUCACUGUCGGCACUUCACCAGCCCACACACUUGUCCAUGCGUGCCAGAAGUGUGCAGGCUCGGCCUGCCCCGCCAGCAGCACACAGCAGAUGCUGCACGGAAGGCCUCAGUUCCUAAGCCUGCAUGAUUUUUGCAGCGUGUACUUGGGCGUGUUGGCUGAGAGACAAUCAGUGCACCCUGAGCAGGUGCUCACCCACAGCAGCACGCUGGAUUUGUCAGCUCAAUCCCUGGUUUAAUGGCAUGGAGGGUAUUUUACCUUAGUCUUGGAUCAUCGCAUUAUCAAUCCCUUAAACUUCCAUUAGUUUUCAGGACACACUCCUGGCCUCUCACUGAGCCUACUGCUGAGCAGGGCACAACAAUAGGAAACACCACAACAGGUCUUUCCAGCCAUAAUGGGUUGGGGGAGAAAUUGGCUGUGUCUGUGCUGUAUCUGCUCCAUUUGGGCAGAUACAUGCUCAGUCUCUGUGCCACUGGACAAGCUGCUUGAAAUCUGUAGGGUUUCUCUCACAGCAUCUCUAUGGAUGCUGAAGCAAAACGUUAAGUGUGUAAAGGACUGAUUUGGUGCAGGCAGGCCUAACAAUGAAGGAAAGCCAAAAUAUUGCCCAGGUGUCACCGCGCGUAACCGUGAGGUCAGCACCCCUGUAAUUACAGAGUGAUGAAGCUGAGGGAGAGAAAGCCAACAUUUAGAGAAAGACAUGAUUGUUUGAGGUUUUGGCCACCUUACUGGGUGGCUUCCCCCAGAAGAUGUUCCAGAUGUUGUCUUGGCAUAAAUUAAUCCCCUUCCAAACAUCUGCUGGGCUUCUCGGAAAACAUGGAGUUGAACAGCUGCCAUGUGUGCUCUGCUCUGCUUUGCCUUUCUGGUUGAUGUUCUGGUUUAGGAGGUGAGUGCAGACGCACUGCCCUUACCUCCAGCAGCACGUAGACUGAAAGCAGCCCCAAGCAGCUCCCAGCUCUCCUCAAUCAGGGCCUGGGCUGAUCCCCAGCAGUGAGGUGGCUGAUCCUUGUGGGUCUGUGUGGGAAAAUCUGCCCCAAAGUGCAGCCAUUGGUCCGGGAGGUCACACAUUCAGCGGUCUGAGUGACAGGAUCCUCACCCACAUCUUUUUCAUCAGCGAGCAGAGUCAUGUGCGUGUCUGUCAUAUCUGUGCUCAAAUUGCUUAAAUAUUGUUACAGAUGGAGAGGUUUUAAUCUGGGCAUGCAGCGCGGAGCGGUGCUGUGGGGGAAUGUUUAAUUGGCUCCCAGCAGAGCAGCGGGAGCUGGGUGCCGUGUGGGUUUUCCUCCAGAAGCCUUCCCAUUUUCACCUCCUGUUCAUGUCCUCUGGUCGUUUCAGCGCAGCAUCGCGUUACAGUGGGGUUUGUUUCCCUCCCAGACUGAAUACAAACAAAGGUCAUUUACUCGUGUUUUUAGAAGGUUCUGAAAACUUAGCGAAUUUGUAGCUUGGAACAGCACUGUUGACUGUUGUAUGUCUGCACAAAAAUAUUUCCAAUAAACCUUUUGUUAAAGCAA